AUGACGGAUACGAUCAUCGCGUUGUCCAGCGGAGCCUUGCCGUCGGGCAUUGCCAUUGUUCGGGCAUCCGGCACCGCGUCGGGAGCGCUUGCGGAGCGCUUUUGCGGCGCCCUUCCCGCGCCGCGAACGGCGGCGUUGCGUGUCUUUCGCGACGAUGAGGCAUUGGAGAUCGAUCGCGGGUAUGUGCUGUGGUUGCCAGGCCCGGCGAGCUUUACCGGAGAGGAUUGCGUCGAAUUUCACCUGCACGGCAGCCGCGCAGUGGUCGAUCGUGUUUUGGACCUGGCCACGGAAAUGUCCGGGGUUCGUCUUGCCGAAGCGGGUGAAUUUGCCCGCCGGGCGUUUUCCAACGGCAAGCUCGAUUUGGUGGAAGCCGAGGCGCUUGGCGAUCUGAUUUCGGCGGAGACGGAAGCACAGCGUCGUUUUGCGGUCGAACUGGCCGGUGGGGCGCAAUCGUCCCUUUACGAGGAUUGGCGAGCCCGCUUGCUCCAUGCGCGGUCGAUGAUCGAGGCGGAGAUCGAUUUUUCCGAUGAGGACGAUGUGCCCGGUUCGGUGUCCGAUCGGGUUUGGGCGGACAUGCGGACGAUGAGCGACGCCUUGUCCCGCCACAUGGACGGUGAACGGCGCGGCCGCAUCAUGCGGUCCGGACUUCAGGUCGCCAUCGUCGGCGCUCCGAAUGCGGGCAAAUCCACGCUUCUCAAUGCGAUGGCCGGCAGCGACCGCGCGAUUGUUUCCCCGGAACCGGGCACGACGCGCGAUGUUGUGGAGGCUCGUCUGGACCUUGGCGGCCAUCUGGUGGUGCUGGCCGAUACCGCCGGAUUGCGCGAUGAAGCGGGCACGGUGGAAGGAGAAGGAAUUCGCCGUGCGAUUCAGCGCGCUGCGGAGGCCGACCUUGUGUUGCACGUAUCGGAGACGGGUUUGUUCGAGAUGCCCCAACUGCCUGAUGGCCCGGCGGUCUGGACCGUGCGCACCAAGGUCGAUUUGACCGUGGACGGCGCGACGCCGGUCCAAGCAGCCGAUUAUUCACUGAGCGCUAUGACAGGUGAGGGGCUCGAGGCGCUGGUUGCCGCGCUGACCGAUUUCGCCCGGGACGGCGCCGGAGGCUCGGAUCUCGCGCCGGGACGUGCCCGACACAUGCAACAUCUGGCUGCCUGCAAGACCCACCUGAUCGAUUCGCUGUCGGAACAAAUGCCGUUGGAGCUGAGGGCCGAGCAUUUGCGUCUCGCCGGAGAGCAGCUCGGGCGGAUAACGGGCCGCAUCGAUGUUGAGGACAUGCUGGGAACGAUUUUCUCGCAGUUCUGCAUCGGCAAGUGA